CGUGAGCAUGCCAAGUUUAUAUAAUUGAAACUUCUGGAACUUUCGCGCCCUUCCUCGAUCAAAUUUUCCCUUUUCUAUAUAAAAUAUCCCAAACCUUCGUUUCUCAAUCAUCAAAUUAGAAAAGUUUCCCAAGAAAAAGUUGUUCGUCUAAGCUUCCAAAUCGUCUUCGUUUUUCAUUCAAGAUUUCGAGAUUCUCGUCACCCAUGGAUCCAUUCUUCAGAAGGCAUUGGCACAAUUUCGCCCCACAACAACGGUACCCGCAGACCAAUUCGCGCCACAACAUCAGAACCCGCAGAACGCGAGGCAAGUCCCGGUCCAGCGCCGAGCGGACCCGUCGCCGAAGGUGGUCUCAAUCCCGGUCCACUACGUCGGGUCGGAGCGCAGCCGGUCGGAUUCCGCGCUGAAAAUCCAGAAGGCGUUCAGAGGGUUUAUGGUGAGGAAAAGCGUGAGAAAGAUCGCCGCCAUCAGAGUCGAGGUCGGUGAGAUCGAGAAGCGGACUUCGAAGCGAGAGGCGGUGGAAUUGAUGAGGAGGGACGCCAAGGAGCGGCUGAGGGUCAACGAGACGCUGAUGAACUUGCUGUUGAAGUUGGAUUCGGUGAAGGGCGUCGACUCUGGAGUUAGGGAUCUCAGGAGGGCCGUGAUAAAAAAGGCGAUUGCUUUGCAGGAGAGAGUGGACAGCGCUGUUGCUGAAAUUCCCCAAAUCGACCAAACCCUAGAAUUGCAAUCCGAAUCCCCUGUAAAUUCGGAUGAGACUCCGAAUCUGCAGUCCUUGGAAUUGGAAUCGGCAGCCGAAGCCCACAUCGAAACUGUUCCACACGGAAAUGCGUGGGUAUGCAGAGAGGAAGAAGGCGCUGUGAGGAAGAAGGCAUGCUGCUGCGACUACAGAUUUCGUGUCCAAGUACCAAGUUAAUAAAUAAUGCAAGGAGACAAUGACAUUUGCUUAUCUUCCUAUUUACAUUUUGACUUCUGCUCGUGUUUCUAUUUACAUUUUGGCUUUUGUUGUAAAGCAUUCGGAAACUGAAUUAUUUGAUUGAUGAAAUUUGAUGCUUUUGGUGUUUUGGCGACAUUGAUUUUGUAAGUUGAUUGGAGUUCGGUUCUCAACGCUCUCAUGUGUUUUUAUCA